CGUCAUCCUAGGAAGCAGUUCCAGCGGUCGACGUCGAUAGUCUCGGAUGCCGAAGUAGUGCCGCUCUGGUCUUCGUCAUUCUAUUGGAAAUAGUGAAAUUCAGUGUUAUCAAUCUUCAGUUAAGCCUCAAUAUUCAACCUACCAACACAAACAUACAAACGAAGAAGUGGAUACCAAAUAGUGAAAACACGACAGAUUGCUUCUGUUGCUGUCUUAAAAGGAGGAACCCAGAAAGGCCAGUCCAAACUAAAGCGCCAUGGCGUUCGCCGGUCUCAAGAAGCAGAUCAAUAAAGCCAACCAAUAUGUGACGGAGAAAAUGGGGGCCGCCGAAGGCACCAAAAUGGACGACGAUUUUGUCGAGAUGGAAAGGAAAACGGAUGUUACUUAUGAGCUUGUUGAGGAACUCCAAAUGAAAACCAAGGAGUUCUUGCAACCCAAUCCCACCGCUCGAGCCAAAAUGGCUGCAGUCAAAGCAGGAAUUAGCAAACUAAGCGGACAAGCCAAAGCAGCAACCUACCCGCAGCCGGAAGGAACUCUAGGGGAGACUAUGUUGGCCUAUGGACGCAAACUGGGCGAGGAAUCUGUUUUCGGCGCUGCGCUCAUUGAGUCCGGUGAAACAAUGAAGCAGUUGGCUGAUGUGAAAUACGCCUUGGAUGAUAACGUCAAGCAGAAUUUCCUGGAGCCGCUGCAUCAUUUGCAAAGCAAAGACUUGAAGGAAGUUUUGCAUCACCGCAAGAAGCUGCAUGGUCGACGAUUGGAUUUCGACUGUAAAAAACGCAAACAAACCAAAGGAGGUAGUAGCGGCAACCUGCAAUCCGUCAGUCCUUAUGGGAGCCCUGCACGUUCUCCCUCACCCUAUCGGGGCACUGGCUCAUCGGUGACUGAGGAUGAGAUUCGCCAAGCAGAGGAGAAAUUUGCAGAGUCUCUUCACCUGGCCCAAAUGGGAAUGCAUAACAUUCUGGAUAACGACGUUGAGCAAAUUGCGCAAUUGGCAUUCUUCGCCGAGGGACUCCUCGAGUAUCACAAACAGUGUACUGAUAUUUUGAAAGUACUAACGGAAACGCUUCACGACAAACGGAACGAAGCAGCAAGCAAGCCCCGCAAGGAAUUCAUCCCCAAGACGUUGGCUGAUUUGCCGAUGUCGAUGGGUGGGGAAAUGAUGUCUUCAACUGGUCGUACUACACCGUCGAGUCUAACGGAAGGAUUGAAUGGAAUGAAUAAUGCCAAAACACCCAGCGCAGUGUCUCCGGGUUCAGCACCUGGCUGGGAUCCGUUCGGUCAGAAUGCGCCAGUACCGCAAGGUCGUACCAACUCUAGGCCUCAACCUAGUGCUACAGCUGUUUACGAUUUUGAUCCUGAAAACCCUGGUGAAUUGGGCUUCAAGGAAGGAGAUUGCAUCACUCUGACGAGCCGCAUUGAUGAGAACUGGUUCGAAGGUAGCGUAAAUGGGAAGACGGGUUUUUUCCCCGUCAACUAUGUGCAGGUGACGGUGCCGCUGCCCUAAUUAUACAAUAAAGAAAAUUUGGUGGUAAAGAAUACGGAGUGCUGAGCCGAUUAUGCCGAAAGUGAGAUUUACGGUUUCAUCAGAAAGGACUUGUGCUAAUAUUUACUACUUCUGUUGAAGGCAACCAGACAAAAACAAGAAAACACAUAGCAACCGGGUUGUAUUACUUUUUGUUUGCCCUUUUGUUAUAAAACAAGAUCAGCAGUUGUGUUCUUGCUUCGUUAAACUUAGCAUCCGGUCUUAUCAAUUUUACAUCACGUGUUAAAUAAAAAAAAUUACUAAAUUCUGAGUGUUAUUCAGGUUCGGAAUGUUGGAUUAUCCGAUUUCUGAUUUCUGACUAAAUGUUUUACUCUUUGUCUUUUCUCCCUGUCUUUACGUUCUUCCCUCUUCUUACUUAUCCUCUUGCUCGGGGAAUAUAUAACUCUAACCGGU